UAACUGAACUGUAAUGAUAUAGAUGUAGUCAAAGAAAACGCAGCAAUUGUGUUUUAUCUAGGCAUACUAAUAAAAUAAAAGUCAUCUCUUACCAGUUGUAAUCAAUCUAUCAAGCUAUAAGUAGUUAUAUAUUUUAUACUGCGUAUAACCGCAAUUUUUGUUACGGCUGAUCUUUUACGUCGUAAUUGUUGAAUUAUUGGUUUUUGUUUUAUUUAAAAAAAAAAAAUAACUGUAAAAUGGUCCGAGCUUGGUACAUGGAUGAUAGUUGCACCGAUCAACGUUUAGAACAUCAUAGAAUACCUCCGAAGUAUAUUUCUUUAUCUGAAUUGUUUAAACUUACUGGAGUAGAACAUUUUAAGAUUGAUCCAAAAAACUAUGAAACAGAUAAAAUUUUACAAGAGUUAAGAUCAAAAAGGGGAUAUUCAUAUGAGGAUGAGAUUGAGUGUUCUCAAGAAUGUUUGGAUAAUUAUGAAAAAAAAUUGAAAACUUUUUUUACUGAACAUCUUCACACUGACGAAGAGAUUCGUUUAGUAUUAAACGGAUCAGGAUACUUUGAUGUUCGAGAUAAAAAUGAUGAAUGGAUUAGAAUUGAAGUUAAACCUGGAGAUUUAAUUAUUAUUCCUAGUGGAAUUUAUCACCGAUUUACGCUUGAUAUAAAUAAUUAUAUAAAAGCUAAACGUUAUUUUGUUGGCGAACCAGUAUGGCUGCCUUAUAACAGACCUGCUGAUGAAAUGGAGUGUCGUCAAAAGUACAUUGACCGUUUAAAAAAUAAUUUUAGCACAAGUGUUCAAGAAAUUAAAUCCUAAAAAUAUUUUUUUAUAAAAAUAUUAUAUUACAUUUUUUUAUUAUUGAUUUGUUAUUUUGUAGAAUGUUAUAUACAACUUGUAAAAAUUAAAAUUGUUAAAAAAGUAAAUAGUUAUUGAACUUGAGGAUCAUUGAUUACCUAAAUUAUACUUUCUGAGGCAGUAUAAACUCUGCAAAUAUCCCCAGAGUUUACUACACAAGAUAAAACGGGCCGAAGAAUAUUUCAAAAAAUGAAAUACUUGAAUGAAUUUUUAGGCGUACAUUUUAUGACAGCACAUCAGAUAAUAAUAAAUCAAUAAAAUUGUAAGGCUAGCAUAGUUAUUUUUAUAACUUUUAUUAUUAUUCUAGAAAAAAUAUUACAAAGAUUGUAGAAAAUAAAUUAUGAGUUACAAAUUAUGA